UAAGGCGAUCUUUAUAAAACACAGUCACCAUUGCCGGCUUUGCCUGUUCGAGGAGGAUAACGAUGCUUCUUCCCGUGUUGCUCCUUGUAUUCCACGCAGGUUAUGGCCUAGCGCAGUAUGAUCCCAAUACAACGCCGGUCCCCAUUUUAAAGCAAAUAAACAGGCACAACGAAGAUGGAAGUUAUAGUUACGGUUAUGAAGCGGCCGAUGGCUCUUAUAAAAUUGAAUCCAAACAUCCUAAUGGAGAAGUUUUUGGUAAAUAUGGAUUCGUAGAUGAUACUGGAAGCAUUCGAGAGGUCGAAUAUGGAGCAUCUCGAAGGGGUUUUGAACCGGUCGGUACUGGCAUCAAUGUCCCGCCGUCAACUUUGAGUGGAAAUAGUAUCGCUGGUUCUAAUGAACCCGAUGACGAUGGACAGUAUAAAGAAGAUCCUUCCAUUUACUAUACGGAUCCCCGCUACACGAAUGGCGAACGUUAUGAUCCGGUGCCAAGACCAGGUUAUCAACCCCAAAAACCUCAGCCACUUCAACCAGCACAACCGGCGUAUGAACAACAAAUUGCCCAUCGUCUACCACCAGCAAGUAAAUCGGUGCCCUCGCCGUACCAACAACCAGCUAUACCCCAGUAUCGACCGCAAUACAGAUCUUCGUAUCAACAAUAUUAUCAACCUGCACAGUCGGUAGUACAACAACCGUCGAUACCUGAGAGAAGAGUCGAGGGCCAUUUAACACCCAAUGUAGCUAAUCCGGCCAAUUUGGGUUCAUAUUCCGUCCAGUAUAAGUGAUUCUUAAAAUCAAGCCACUUUUUAAAUUUAUAUAAAUAUUAGACAAGAUUAUUUCUUUCAGAACAAAAUUAUGUGUACCAGUAAAAGGUUGUUGUCUCGUGUAGGAUCUAGAAAAAGAUUCGAAGUAUUACGUACGCAACUGGAACUUUGUUAUGUGAUCUCAACGGUUUGUAGCUCAUUUGAAUAAUACAAAUUUAGUACAUUAAGCAGUGUACAUAAAGAUCCAUUUAUAUUAGCUUAAAGUCGUUGAAGCACCACUGCAGCUGAUUUCAAUCGAAAAAACUUAUCAAAAUUAAUCUCAGCUUAUUUUGUGUGAAUACAAAGUUUUCAAACACAUAUUAGUUUUUAAAUUUCGUCAAAAAUUCUUAUUUUUCAUUGAUUCAUUUACAGAAAAAUUUUUCGUUAUUGAACUACUGGAAAUUUCUACGAAAGAUUUUGCUGUAAAUGAAUAAAUGAAAAACAAAAUUUUUUGACGAAAUUUAAAAACUAAUAUGUGUUUGAAAACUUUGUAUUCACACAAAAUAAGCUGAGAUCAAUUUUUAAAAGUUUUUUUGAUUGAAAUCAGCUGCAGUAAUGCUUAACCGACUUUAAGCCAAUAUAAAUGGAUCUUUAUGUACACUGUUUAUUGUACCGAAUUUGUAUUAUUCAAAUGAGCUACAAACAAAAAUAUAUAUA